AUGGCAGAAAACCAACGGCCGGUGGGCCUACUGUUCGAUAUCGGAGGCGUCUGUGUUGUGUCGCCAUUCCAAGCCAUCUUGGACUAUGAGAUUGCCCACAAUAUACCUCCGGGAUGGGUGAAUUUCAGCAUCUCCCGCACAUCGCCUCAUGGUAGUUGGCAUAGAUUGGAACGGGGAGACAUCAAGAUGGACGCGGACUUCUUCGCCGGGUUUAACAAGGACUUAAGGGACCCUAAGUUAUGGAAGCUAUUCAACGAGGGCCUUCGGGAAAAGAACCCCAGCAAAGUGCUAGAGGCAAGCCCACCAUUGCCUGAAAUUGACGCAGAAUGGCUAUUCUGGGAGAUGAUGAGGAUAUCAAGGACGCCUGAUAGAUUCAUGUGGCCGGCGCUCAAGAGGCUGAAGGAGUCCGGUCAGUUCAUUCUUGGGGCAUUAUCUAAUACUGUCAUCUUUCCCGACGGUCAUGAAUUCAACGACGACACCAUCGAGCGAAAGACAUUGUUCGACUUUUUCAUAUCAUCCGCACAUACUGGCCUUAGAAAGCCCGACCCGAGGAUAUACAAGGUUGCUUUAGAGGAGAUGAACGCUGUUGCUCGGAGAAAGGGGUUCAAGCAGCCAGUACAAGCAGGUGACGUGGUUUUUCUGGAUGACAUUGGCCAGAAUCUAAAGCCCGCGAAAGCUAUCGGAAUGAGAACCAUCAAGGUGAAUCUUGGGCAUAUACAAGACGCAGUCAAAGAGCUGGAGAAGGUUACUGGGCUUCAGUUGUUAGACAGUCAGGCCAAACUAUAA